AUGCAGGCAUUCCAUAAACUCGCCGGAGUGCAAGAGGCAUCCGAUGCUGGCGCGCAGCCCGCAGCUCCAGUGCCAGCUCGCACGAACAAGGAGCCCCCGCGACCACCACCCAUACCGCAGGACGAAGUGGGCGACGUCGACGCGAACAGCAACCGAAGCAGCGCGAAACGAGCUUCCAUCCCCCUCAACCGCCGGCCCUCGCAGAAGUCGAUGCGCUCCCACCGAUCCAAGAAGAGCUUCGCAUCACAACGGAGUACCUUGCAGCACGAGAUCCCCAUAGCAGUUGACCUCUCCGCCUACCCGCCCUCACCACGACCAAACCAACGAUUCGACCAGAGCAUUGCCGGCACACAGAACCACGUCCCUCCCCGAGCAUCAAUUGGAAGCCGCAACGAUGGUCAAGAUGCCGGCGACGUGGAUGACCUCUCAGAAGAGUUCCAAUGGGGACCCUCGCACCCCUGCUUCCCACACCCCAACCCUCACUCCGCGCCGGAUAGCGAAGAGCGCGCGACCACGCGAGUGAUUAGGGUCAAACGCGACUGGCUUGCCGCCGGAGAUCUGUAUCCUCAGUAUGCAAACCUGUACCCUGAGAUCCUCGAUCCACUAGUCGUGGACAGCGAGUUUAGAUCGCUCGUUACUAGCAUCAACACUAUCCUACAAAACGCACUUUCGCCAUACACAACGCGCGCGUGGGUUGACAGCAUCUUGGGCGUGGUGACGGGAUACUUUUGGGAAGACAUGGGCUGGACGGGCGCGAAGAAGGGCGGAAAAGAGCUGCAGAGGUUUUUGGAUGGGUGGAAUAUGGAUAGGGAGAGGGAGGAGAGGGAUGUGAGAGUGGUGCAAUUGAGGAAGACGGGUUUCAUGAGCUUGGAUUUUGUGAUACCUGAUCCGGGAAUUGAUCAGCCUAAUGACCAGAGUGGGGGUGAAGAGGAGGAAGAAGAUGUGCAGGGCGAUGGGCAGGACAUGGGAGAUGCGCUCAGGGACGGUGGUGGUGGAAUUGGGCCUGCUGAGUGA